AUGUCUCACACCCACGCCCACGACGGCGGCGCCACGCACUCGCACGACGGCCCCGGCGGCUUCAACGCCCAGGAGCACGGCCACUCGCAUGAGAUCCUCGACGGGCCGGGGAGCUACGUCGGUCGCGAGAUGCCCAUCGUCGAGGGGCGCAACUGGUCCGAGCGGGCCUUUACCAUCGGCAUCGGAGGACCCGUCGGCUCUGGCAAGACGGCGCUCAUGCUGGCGCUCUGCCUGGCGCUGCGCGAAAAGUACUCUCUCGCGGCCGUGACCAACGACAUCUUCACGCGUGAGGACGCCGAGUUCCUGACGCGGCACGCGGCCCUCCCGCCGCAGCGCAUCCGCGCCAUCGAGACGGGCGGCUGCCCGCACGCCGCCGUGCGCGAGGACAUCUCGGCCAACCUCGCCGCCCUCGAGGACCUGCACGCCCAGUUCGGCGGCGUCGACCUCCUCCUCAUCGAGUCGGGCGGCGAUAACCUCGCCGCAAACUACUCGCGCGAGCUCGCCGACUUCAUCAUCUAUGUCAUUGACGUGAGCGGCGGCGACAAGGUGCCCCGCAAGGGAGGGCCGGGCAUCACGCAGAGUGAUCUGCUUGUCGUGAACAAGACGGACCUGGCGGAUAUCGUGGGCGCGGAUCUGGGCGUCAUGGAGCGGGAUGCGCGCAAGAUGCGCGAGGGCGGGCCGACCGUCUUUGCGCAGGUCAAGAAGGACGUCGGCGUCGACCACAUCGUUAACUUGAUCCUCAGCGCGUGGAAGGCCAGCGGCGCCGAGGAGGAGCGGAAAAGCAAGGGCGGGCCGCGGCCGACCGAGGGGCUGGAUGCGCUGAAGAAGCAGCCUUGA